CGGCUCCUCACUCCCAACAAUGGAGGCUCCGAGACCCAGCGGCGGCGGCGGCUCCGGGGGCGGCAGCGGGAGCGGCACCCCGGGUCCCGCGGGGUCCCCGGCGCCGGGCCACCCGGCCGUCAGCAGCAUGCAGGGUAAACGCAAAGCACUGAAGUUGAACUUUGCAAAUCCACCUUUCAAAUCUACAGCAAGGUUUACUCUGAAUCCCAAUCCUACAGGAGUUCAAAACCCACACAUAGAGAGACUGAGAACACACAGCAUUGAAUCGUCAGGAAAGCUGAAGAUCUCCCCUGAGCAACACUGGGAUUUCACUGCAGAGGACUUGAAAGACCUUGGAGAAAUCGGACGAGGAGCUUAUGGUUCUGUCAACAAAAUGGUCCACAAACCAAGUGGGCAAAUAAUGGCAGUUAAAAGAAUUCGGUCAACAGUGGAUGAAAAAGAACAAAAACAACUUCUUAUGGAUUUGGAUGUAGUAAUGCGGAGUAGUGAUUGCCCAUAUAUUGUUCAGUUUUACGGUGCACUCUUCAGAGAGGGUGACUGUUGGAUCUGUAUGGAACUCAUGUCUACCUCGUUCGAUAAGUUUUACAAAUAUGUAUAUAGUGUACUCGAUGAUGUUAUUCCAGAAGAAAUUUUAGGCAAAAUCACUUUAGCAACUGUGAAAGCACUAAACCACUUAAAAGAAAACUUGAAAAUCAUUCACAGAGAUAUCAAACCUUCCAAUAUUCUUCUGGACAGAAGUGGAAAUAUUAAACUCUGUGAUUUUGGCAUCAGUGGACAGCUUGUGGACUCCAUUGCCAAGACGAGAGAUGCUGGCUGUAGGCCAUACAUGGCACCUGAAAGAAUAGACCCAAGCGCAUCAUGACAAGGGUAUGAUGUCCGCUCUGAUGUCUGGAGUUUGGGGAUCACAUUGUACGAGUUGGCUACAGGCCGAUUUCCUUAUCCAAAGUGGAAUAGUGUAUUUGAUCAACUAACACAAGUUGUGAAAGGAGAUCCUCCACAGCUGAGUAAUUCUGAGGAACGUGAAUUCUCCCCAAGUUUCAUCAACUUUGUCAACUUGUGCCUUACAAAGGAUGAAUCCAAAAGGCCAAAGUAUAAAGAACUUCUGAAACAUCCCUUUAUUUUGAUGUAUGAAGAACGUACCGUAGAGGUCGCAUCCUAUGUUUGUAAAAUCCUGGAUCAAAUGCCAGCUACUCCCAGCUCUCCCAUGUAUGUCGACUGAUAGCGCUGCUACAUCAGACUCUAGAAAAAAGGGCUGAGAGGAAGCAAGACGUCAAGAAUUUUCAUCCCUUAUCACAGUGUUUUUAUUGCUCGCCCAGACACCAUGUGCAAUAAGAUUGGUGUUCGUUUCCAUCAUGUCUGUAUACUCCUGUCACCUAGAACGUGCAUCCCUGUAGUACCCGAUUGAUCACAC